AUGUCUUCGCUGGUCGAGGUGGUGUCCACGCGGGCGUCCAAGGCUCCGGGAUGGGAAUACGUCCCUGCUGCGCGGUUUGAGGCCCCUGUUAGCGGGCGCAGGGAGGCCGGCGGGAGGAAACGAACUGCGAGAGAGAUUGGAGGAGACACUGGCAACACGAGAUCUGACCUCAAUGCAAGGCAGAGGGGCGCUAUUGCUAAACACUUGGAGGCCCUUGACAAGGAGAAUCAUUCAGAGGUCUCGAUUCCAGUCCCACCGAGACGCCAGAGGGAACAUACAGUUAAAGGCGUGAGAAGCAAGACGUCCUCUAAUACUCGGAAAAUUAUCACUUCAGGAAAACAGUUCAAGAACUACCUUGCAGCUGAAGAGCCUGCUACACUAGCACUCUCUGCCUCCUCUACAACAACCGCGACUACUUUGAGCCAACGUACAAAUGUUCCCAGACAACCCGAGGCUCCAGCUCCUCAAGCUGAUACCAACGCCAACAGACCUCUCCUUCAGUUAGAAGAUCCGCCUUCUGCUCUCAUUGUGUCUGAAUCUGACAAUGACCCCCUCUUACGUUCUUACAUCCCAACACCGCCCUCCGAACGCCUUAUGAUGGCCCUCGUCUCGGAGCCUCCUCUGUCAUAUCAUGCCUCUCGCGCUACUUUGCCUGCUGAUUCUCGCCCUCCGAGACACUUCUGUAGCAUAUGCGGUUACUGGGGCAAAGUGAAAUGCGUCAAGUGUCAGGCUAGGAUUUGUGGGUUGGAAUGCUCAAGAAUUCACCUGGAAACGAGAUGUGACAGAUUCUAUGCAUGA